CCGCUGCGGGGCCCUGCCCGGGCAAGGCUGCGGGCGGGUGGCGGAGUGACUGCGUAGAGGUGAGUCCCGGGGAAAGGCCGGGGCCGGAGUGUCUGCAGACGGGACGGCUAUGUUCCGAGCGAUUUUAAACUUUGCUCAUGGCCGCACGCCCCUGCUUUGGCCGGGCGGCGCCGGUCACGUCUCUGCCGACGGACGCCCGCAGCCUCCGGGGCGGCGCGGCGCGGCGGCUGCUAGCGGCCACCGGGCGGCUCUUUUGUGUGGCGCUGUGCGGUACGCUCCGCUCCCGGCGGCCCUCCCGCCCCGUUCCGCUCUUGGCGGCGGGCGCUGCCCCGCUCCCCUCGGUCGGGGCUGUCAGGGCGGGCGCGAGGCGGGGCCGCGCGGAGCGGCCGCGGGGCAGCGGCCGGAGCACGCGCUGUCCCUCCGCGGGCGACCCCCGGCCCCGUGCAGCCCCCGCUCCCGCGCGCGGGUACUGUAUAAUGUGUGUGGCUAAAUGUAGUUACUACACUAAGCUCGUUGAAAGAACCGACUGCACAACAACUCCUUACCCAACAACAAAUCAUUUUUCCUCUGACUAUGAAUUUUGGAUCAGCUGUUGUGAAAGGGAGAACAAUAAAAGAUAUGGAGUCUGGAGAGCGGUUAACAUCAUCAUCAGUCUCCUCUACUGCAGCUGCCUCCACUCCAGCGUCUUCGACAGCGUCGGUAACUUCAGAAGUAUCGAAAGGUGGCCUUUCUGCCGGAGCUGCGACACUGAGCUCCACAAUCAACACAUGUGAAUGGUGGCGAACAGCAGACACACACUCUCGUCCUGGGACAGCUUUUUUCCCACCACUCUUGGGAAUUCCCACACUGUUUGCUCCUCCUGCACAGAAUCAUGAUUCUGCUUCAUUCCACUCAAGAACUACAGGAAAAAGUAGUCGGAGCAAUACAGACAAAGGAAUAAAUGGGUCACUGAAUGGCAGCAGUACCACUGCGGUCUCAGUUCUCAGCACAUCUGUGCUUUCCACUGGCAUUGCAGCAUCAGCAGGACCAGUGAAAACUGUAACCUCAGGAGCUGGGGGACGCAAAUACAACCAGGAGCAGAGCAAAGUUCAGCUUUUGGACACCAGGACUGACAAAAUCAAAGAUAAGAAGCCCAGAAAAAAAGCAGUGGAAAGCUCUAGUAACAGUGACAGUGAUUCAGGCUCCUCUUCAGACACCUCAAGUGAAGGUGUAAGUAGUAGUGACUCUGAUGACCUAGAGGAUGAAGAGGAGGAGGAGGAGGACCAGAGUGCUGAAGAGAGUGAAGAUGAUGAAUCUGAUUCUGAAAGUGAAGCACAUCACAAAAGCAAGAACAAGGUGCUAAUGCAUAGUGGUGUAACAGAUACAAAAAGCGAUGGACAGAAAUCACAGGAAAAGUCUCAAGAUAAAAGAACACACCAGCAGAUACCUCUUGUUUCUGAUUCCCAGACUCACUCAUCAUUCCAGUCCCAGCAGAAGCAGCCUCAGGUUUUGUCACAGCAGCUUCCGUUUAUUUUUCCAAGCUCUCAGGCAAAGGAGGAAUCUGUGAACAAACACACAAGUGUAAUACAGUCUACGGGAUUGGUUCCUAAUGUGAAACCUUUGUCUUUGGUACAUGAAGCCAAAAAAGAGACCUAUUUAAAACUCCUAGUUCCUUCCCCUGAUCUACUCAAAGCAGGGAAUAAAAAUACCUCUGAAGAAUCUAUCACUUUGACCAGCGAUGUUAGAGCUAAACGGGAACAAUAUAAACAGACAUUCCCAGCAGCACAGCUAAAGAAACAGGAAUCAUCUAAGAGCCUGAAGAAGGUUAUUUCAGCUUUGUCAAGUCCCAAACCAACCUCUAGUUCACCAGCUCAUCAAAAACUCACAUCCUUGGAAAACAACCAUUCUAACCCAUUCCUGACAAAUGCACUUUUAGGUAAUCACCAACCCAAUGGAGUUAUUCAGAGCGUCAUCCAGGAGGCUCCUCUUGCACUCACCACGAAACCGAAACCCCAGACCAAGAUCAAUGAAAGCGUAGCCAUUUCUAGUAGUGCCCCCUUUUCUUUGCCAAUAAACUUGAGUGCGUGUGGGAAAAAGACAACUGGUAACCGGACAGCUGUUAUGCCCUCUACCUCUCCUGUGUUACCUGGUUCAGGAAAGGAUAAAGCAGUCAGCAAUAAUGCAGUAAAUGCAGUAAAACCACAACACCGCCUUCAUUCUGCAAAACUGGUGGUGGAGCAGUUCAGAGGGGUAGACUCAGAUGCCCCCAGCAGUAAAGACUCUGACGACUCAAAUGAUGAUGAUGACGACGAUGAAGAUGAAGAUGAGGACGAUGAAGAAGAUGAUUCUGAUGAUAGCCAAUCAGAGUCUGACAGUAAUUCUGAGUCAGAUACAGAAGGGUCUGAGGAGGAAGAUGAGGAUGAUAAAGACCAAGAUGAAUCGGAUACCGACACUGAGGGAGAAAAAGCCCCACUGAAACUGAAUAAAACUUCAUCCUCUGUGAAGAGCUCACCCAUUGGUCUUACAGCUCAUUCCACCCCGCUUAAUCUCCAAGUAGCAAAGACGUCGAGCUCGGCAUCAGCUGCCUUAUGUCCUGAGUCCCAGCCUGCAGUGUUCCUCGGGACGGGAGCCUCCACCCUCACACCAAGUACACACUGUGGUAUUUCAAAAAGACGAAGAGUAGCAGAUGAACGGGAGCUACGUGUUCCUCUCGAUUAUGGCUGGCAAAGAGAAACCCGAAUAAGAAACUUUGGUGGUCGUCUUCAAGGAGAAGUAGCAUAUUUUGCACCCUGUGGAAAGAAGCUGAGACAGUAUCCUGAAGUAGUAAAGUAUCUCAGCAGAAAUGGAAUAAUGGAUAUCUCAAGGGACAAUUUCAGCUUCAGUGCAAAAAUAGGAGUGGGUGACUUCUAUGAAGCCAGAGAUGGACCGCAGGGUGUGCAGUGGUGUCUUCUGAAGGAAGAGGAAGUCAUUCCCCGUAUCAGAGCUAUGGAAGGGCGUAGAGGACGACCCCCAAAUCCAGAGAGACAGCACUCCCGAGAGGAGUCAAGGACGAGACGCCGCAAAGGCCGACCUCCCAAUGUUGGAAGUGGUGAAUUUCUGGACAAUGCUGACACAAAGCUUUUGAGAAAGCUGCAGGCUCAAGAAAUAGCUAGGCAAGCAGCACAAAUAAAGCUACUGAGAAAGCUUCAGAAGCAGGAACAAGCACGAGCUGCUAAAGAAGCAAAAAAACAGCAAGCUAUUAUGGCAGCUGAAGAAAAGCGAAAGCAAAAGGAGCAGAUAAAGAUAAUGAAGCAACAGGAAAAAAUUAAGCGAAUCCAGCAAAUUAGAAUGGAGAAAGAACUUCGUGCUCAGCAAAUUUUAGAGGCAAAAAAGAAAAAGAAGGAAGAAGCAGCAAAUGCCAAAUUACUGGAAGCGGAAAAAAGAAUAAAGGAGAAAGAGAUGAGAAGGCAGCAGGCUGUUCUUCUGAAGCAUCAGGAGUUGGAGAGGCAUAGACUAGAUAUGGUAUGGGAACGAGAACGGAGAAGACAGCAUAUGAUGCUUAUGAAAGCCAUGGAAGCACGUAAAAAAGCAGAAGAAAAAGAGAGGCUAAAGCAGGAGAAACGUGAUGAAAAAAGAUUAAAUAAAGAACGUAAACUGGAACAGCGAAGAUUGGAAUUAGAAAUGGCAAAGGAGCUAAAGAAACCUAAUGAGGAUAUGUGCUUAGCAGACCAGAAGCCUUUCCCAGAGCUGCCUCGCAUCCCAGGCCUCGUUCUUGAUGGAAGCACAUUUUCGGAUUGUCUCAUGGUAGUGCAGUUCCUGCGUAACUUUGGUAAAGUUCUUGGCUUUGAUGUGACCAUAGAUGUUCCCUCCCUGAGUGUUCUUCAAGAGGGUUUGCUCAACAUAGGGGACAGCAUGGGAGAAGUACAGGACUUGCUUGUGAAACUUGUCUCUGCAGCUGUGUGCGAUCCUGGACUUGGUACAGGAUACAAGGCUAAAACUAUUCUUGGGGAACACUUGCUGAACGUUGGUAUCAAUCGAGAUAAUGUGUCUGAGAUUCUGCAGAUUUUCAUGGAGGCUCAUUGUGGGCAAACAGAGCUGACAGAGAGCUUGAAGACAAAAGCUUUUCAGGCACAUUCUCCAGCUCAGAAAGCAUCAGUACUUGCUUUUCUGGUCAAUGAGUUAGCAUGCAGCAAAAGUGUAGUAAGUGAAAUUGAUAAAAACAUUGAUUAUAUGUCAAACUUAAGGAGAGAUAAAUGGAUGGUUGAAGGCAAACUUCGGAAGCUCAGAAUUAUUCAUGCCAAGAAAACGGGUAAAAGAGACGCUGCGGCGAGCGGGGACGGAGGCGAGGAGCCGCAUUCCUUGGAGACACCCGCGCCCGGCCGCAAGCGCCGGCGGAAGGCAGGGGACAGUGACUACGAUGAUGAUGAUGAUGAUGACAGCGAUGAUCAGGCAGAUGAGGAUGAUGAGGAUGAAGAGGACAAAGAUGAUAAAAAAGGAAAGAAGGCAGAAGCUUGUGAGGAUGAGGAUGAUGGGGACCAGGCAGUAAGUGUUGAAGAACUAGAGAAGCAGAUCGAGAAACUGACAAAGCAACAAAGCCAGUACAGAAAGAAGUUAUUUGAAGCUUCGCACUGUUUGCGUUCAAUGAUGUUUGGUCAGGACCGUUACAGGCGUCGCUACUGGAUCCUGCCCCAGUGUGGUGGUAUUUUUGUAGAGGGCAUGGAAAGUGGUGAAGGUCUAGAAGAAAUUGCAAAAGAAAAAGAGAAGUUAAAAAAGGAAGAAAGUAUGCAUAUCAAAAAAGAAGAAUUUGAAACAGAAGACAAAUUACAUUGCUUAGCUACAACUCACUGUGAGCAAAAGGAAAAUCUGAAAGAAAAGGACAGCACUAACCUGUUUCUACAAAAACCUGGGUCAUUUUCAAAAUUAAGCAAACUGUUAGAGGUAGCAAAAAUGCCACCUGAGUCUGACACUAUGUCUCCAAAACCUAAUGGCAGUGCAGCAAAUGGCUGCACAUUAUCUUACACGAGUAAUUCAAAAAACUCUGUCUGCGGUCUGCAACCCCCUGCAUCACAAAGCUCCAUCGAGAAGUCUGAUUCUAAUAAUCUUUUCAGUCCUAAUGCCAGUGGGACAGGAAAGUUUUACAGUUCUCCACUAAUUCCAAAUGAUCAGUUGUUAAAGACUCUUACAGAAAAGAGCAGGCAGUGGUUCAGCCUGUUACCGCGGGUGCCCUGUGAUGACACCUCGGUGACCCAUGUGGACACACCAGCUUCUACAGCUCCACUCACUCCUCAGUCACAUCCACCAUCAAAGUCACCAUCACCUGUUCCAUCACCUCUUCUGGGCUCAACCUCUGCACAGAGUCCCAUGGGAUUAAGUCCUUUUGCAUUGUCACCACUGCAGCAGAUGAAGACAGGACUACCUAUAAUGGGACUUCAGUUUUGUGGAUGGCCUACAGGAGUUCUCACUUCAAAUGUUCCAUUUCCAUCUCCUUUACCUGCUCUUGGAUCAGGUCUGGGAUUGUCAGAAGGGAAUGGUAACUCAUUCUUGGCAUCUAGUGUUCCUGCAAGUAAAAGUGAAUCACCAGCACUACCAGCUGAAAAAAUAACUUCUGCCCCUUCUACAGCAGCUGAAGUAGCCAAGCCUGUAGAUUAUCCUAACCCAAAGCCUAUACCAGAAGAAAUGCAGUAUGGGUGGUGGAGGAUUACUGAUCCAGAGGACCUGAAAUCUUUGCUUAAAGUGCUGCAUCUCAGGGGAAUAAGAGAAAAGGCCUUACAAAAGCAAAUACAGAAACACAUGGAUUAUAUCACUCUGGCCUGCAUCAAAAACAAGGAUGUUGCUAUUAUUGAUAUCAAUGAAAAUGAAGAUAACCAGGUAACUCGUGAUGUUGUGGAAAACUGGUCAGUAGAAGAACAAGCUAUGGAGAUGGAUCUUGCUGUUCUUCAGCAGGUGGAAGAUCUAGAGAGGAGAGUUGCAUCAGCUAGUUUACAAGUUAAGGGUUGGCUGUGUCCUGAACCUGCAUCAGAGAGAGACGACUUGGUAUAUCGUGAACAUAAGUCAAUUACUAGAUUGCACAAGAAGCACGAUGGAGAUUGUGCUGGAGGCGGAGAAGGCAAUGCCAGCUCUCUAGAGCGGAGGAGUGACAACCCUCUAGAUAUAGCUGUAACCAGGCUCGCUGACUUGGAGCGGAACAUAGAGCGAAGGUAUCUGAAGAGCCCCUUAAGUACCACCAUUCAGAUCAAACUGGAUAAUGUGGGCACAGUUACUGUCCCUGCUCCUGCACCAUCUAUUAGUGGUGAUGGUGACGGAACUGAAGAGGAUAUUGCUCCAGGGCUAAGGGUGUGGAGAAGGGCACUGUCAGAAGCACGCAGUGCUGCCCAGGUAGCUCUGUGCAUUCAGCAGUUACAGAAAUCAAUAGCAUGGGAAAAAUCCAUUAUGAAAGUUUACUGCCAAAUUUGUCGAAAGGGAGAUAACGAGGAGCUGCUCCUCCUUUGUGAUGGUUGUGAUAAAGGCUGUCAUACCUACUGCCACAGACCCAAGAUCAGCACCAUCCCAGAUGGGGAUUGGUUCUGUCCUGCCUGCAUAGCAAAGGCAAGUGGUCAAACUCUAAAAAUAAAAAAACUUCAAAUUAAAGGUAAAAAAAGUAAUGAACAGAAGAGAAGCAGGAAAUUAGCAGGAGAAACAGAGGAUGAAGACUCUGCAACUACAAGCGUUGCCUUAAAAAGAGGAAAAACAGAUCCUAAAAAAAGAAAAAUGGAUGAAAAUGUUUGUGUAAGCCAGUUAAAGCAAGACAAUUGCACUGCUGUUAAGAAACCUAAGAGAGAUGGAGACUCCAAGGACCUGGCUAUAUGCAGCAUGAUUCUCUCAGAAUUGGAAACUCAUGAAGAUGCCUGGCCUUUCUUACUUCCUGUAAACUUGAAACUUGUUCCUGGUUAUAAGAAAGUUAUUAAAAAACCUAUGGACUUUUCUACCAUUAGAGACAAGCUAAGUAGUGGACAGUACCCUAAUCUUGAAGCAUUUUCGCUGGAUGUCAGGCUUGUUUUUGACAACUGUGAAACUUUCAAUGAAGAUGAUUCUGACAUAGGCAGGGCUGGCCAUAACAUGAGGAAGUAUUUUGAAAAAAAAUGGACAGAGAUUUUCAAAGUGAGCUGAAGCUACUAGAAGUCUUUUUUUUCUUUUAUUUUUUUUCCAUUAAAUGAGGACUGAUAAGACCAGCAAUGUGAACUAUAUUUACAUGGAAGUGCAAGGCACAUACGUAACUAAUUUUUUCCUUUAAAAUAUCACAGAGUUGUGAUACUAGUUUUAAAGGCUUCACUCCUACAGCAACCAUGGCCCCUUGGUUAUUGGUUUGUGUGUUUUAAACUAAUUUAGGUAGAACAGGGAAGCACACCCAAAGAAUUUCAAAGAAAGGGGUGUUAUAGUGCAAUAGAAAUUUAUGAAAACGCACUGAAUAUUCAACCACCAGAGCUCUACUUGGGGAAAUGGUUAUCUUUUCCCUUUCAAUAAAUAUCUAUUUUUCA